AUGUCACACGAGUGCCACGACUGGUGCUGGGAGGAAGUGGAAGUGGAGGAGCUACUGCUGCCGAAGCUGGAGUUGGAGCUGCUGGAGCUGCUGGAGCUGUUGGAGCUGGUGGUGGUGGUGGGGAAGCAGAGACGACCGGUGACGCGAUGCUGCCGCCCGACUACCAACGAGAACGAUGGCGAGAACGUCACGGCCAAGGUCGACGAUGACCAUGACUACCACCAGAACUACCGCCAUGCUCAUGAUGAGGAUCUGGUGGGCGACGGCGAGUACGAGUAUGCGUACGAGGAUGGUGAUGGCGAUGAGCUUCGGUUGACAGCUAGUAGGGACGCAGGGGCGCUAGUGGAGACAGAGGCGAUGGCAAGCGCGAGAUUGGGGCCGAGAGAGCGGGUGGCGCUGUUUGGGUCGGACGCCGUCCCGCUGCAUGCGCUGGAGGCCGGAACAAAGACCGUGUCGCUGACAAGGCCCAAUGUGCGGAUCAUGCGGGCGCUGGAUCCUUAUGGCGAGGAGGAGGCCCGUCGGGUGGCGGCGGUCAACGCGGCACAGACGGUGCAGUGUCUGGUGACAGACGCGCGGACCCGCAAGUUUCAUGCGCAUGCCAAGAUGCUGGCCACAAAGCAGGCCGGGUCAGUGACUAAUCCGCGGUCGCCGUACCAUGUCGACAAUCUUCUUGCCGAUAGUCGCGGCGGGUCGCUGUCGGCACGGGCGUCGUCGACGCCGCAGCAGCAGGCCCGGUUCUCGCCGCGGUGCACAAAGCCCAAGACGUCGGCGAUUGUGCAGCGGGCGCUGGAGCGGGCAGCAGCAGCACGUAUCGGGAGUGGAUCUUCGUCGGCAUCGCCAAAGACGCCCAAGGGCAAGCAGCGGAGCAAGCGGCGGCGGCCACACUCGGCGCCGCGAGCCGGCUGGGCUCUGACCGCGGGGCGGGUGGCGCCAGACUUGUCGGUGUACGCAAGUCCUCAGCACACCGCCGCGGGAGGCCGCAACGGCUCCUCGCCUCGCAAGCCUGGUCUGCGGCGGCUGACGCGCAUCGAGCGGCCUUACACACCGCAGGAGCUGCGCGCUGCGCGCAAGAUGGCCAACAUCCGGCUGGCCUCGUACGCGCGGGAGCAGCCGUCGCCACAGGAGCUUGCUGAGGCCAAGGAGCUGCGCAUCAUCCGCGAGGCGCGGAUUGCGGCGCUGCAGCAGGCCGAGGACGCACGAGUUCGGAUUGAGACUGCCAACGCCGCGGCGGAGCUCUCAACUACCGACGUGCGUGUCGAGGCUGCCGGCGGGCUGGCGCCGACGCGGCUCCAGGCACGGCGCGGGCGCGGAACAGUGCUAGAUGUGUGAAAGAGUUCACUAGAGAGGAGAGGAGAGCAGGGAAGCAUGCACGAGAAGCAAACAAGCUAGAGGG